UGCUCUGUCAUAAUUUCUGUUCUUUGCUUUUCUUUUUUUUCCCUGAAAGUAUUUGUUUAAUGUUUGAUUAAUUGCUUCAUAUUUGAGUUCUUUCUUGAAUUAAAUCAGCUUAUUAACUCUUUUGCAUUAUGUGACCUAAAGGAACCCUCUAAUCUUCCCAACUUGUCAAUAGUUUUGUGCUUUUUGAAGCCUAUUUGUUCAUAAUUGAAAUAAAAUGGGUGGACAUUUAGUAGGAAACUAGUACUCUCUCCGUCCCAAUUUAUGUUAUAUAGUUUGACUAGACAUAGAGUUUAAGAAUGAAAGAAAAGAUUUCUUGUGGUCUAAAAAUAUUUGUGUGGUUGUAAUAGGGAAGUUUUAAGUAAGAUUAUUUCUAAAUAUAGAAAUACAUCAUUUUUUGGGACAGACUAGAAAAGAAAAUCUAUCGCAUAAAUUGGGACAGAGGGAGUAAUAGUUUGUGAGAAACAACAUGCAACAAACAAAAGGAUUUUCCCAUUCAGAACAAAGACAAGUUUGUUUCCCUUCUUGCUCUAAAAAUUUAUUGGUUGACAGGUUUUGGUAAUUCUUAGUUUCCCCAUAAUGUUUGUGCUUAUGCACCAUAUGCUUGGUGAAUUUUUACUUGCAAUAAAAAUUCAUUUGCUUUGCUUUACUUUCUCUAAAUUAUUCUGGGGCAGCAAAAAUGUUCAAUUCUUCCCUUGCAGUGACAAAGGCUGGGUGUUUUUCUUUUAUUUUUUGUAUACCUGUUUCCUUUGACAAUGAUAAAUAGAUGACACUAUUAAAUAUCUAAAUACACUUGCUCUUAUCCAGCUUAUAUUUCCUAUAUUUAUUUUGUCAAUCCUGAAUGAUAGACUUGUUUCACUAAAAAAGACAAGAGGGGGUUGCUCAAGUGGUAAGCACCCUCCACUUCGGGUGAUUGUGAGUUCGAGUCACCACGGGUGCUCCUGGGGGAGGGGUAAAAUAAUUUUUUCUUUAAAGAAAAGGUUAAAAAAAAAAUAAUAAGUUGUUUCACUAAAUGAGGAAAUACACAAUUUGCCAGGCUUAAAAAAUAAGAUGUGAGAUUAUUAUAUAUAUGGUAAGUAAGAUUAUUAUUUAUAUGGUAUUUGACCUUGGAUACUCACUUUCUCAUGCCCCCUUGUAUGUCUAGAAUCAUUACAGCUUGCUUGUCAAAUCUCUUUUGUAUACUCAAACUAUGUGUAUUGAUUGUGUGUUUUACUUCUCUAUCUUUGGGAGUUGUGUGUUAAUGAGGAAGACUUAUGGCAGAUUGGGAAAUGUAACUAAAUUGCGAGGACAAUGGGAAAGACAGAUAAAAUAUAACUUUCUCCUCAAGCCUAAAGACUGCAGGACGCGUGCUAUUGAGAGAAAGAAAAACCAUAAACUACCAUUCAACAGAUUGCGAGUUUUGGCUGAUGAGUUUCCUGUUUGCUCUAAUCUUGUGAAGUUCUUCCAUCACACGCCUAACCUAAAACAACUGAACCUAGAUGGUUGGGUAUUGCAGUACUUGACUGUGGGAGGUCUGCCAGAGAGUCCUCCAACUGCUCUAAACAAUGUCAGAAAUCUCAAUAUUUCGCACAUGUCGUUCGAAAACAUAGAGGAGGUUGUAGGUGCUGUUUACUUGAUCACAAGAUGUCCCAGGUUACAAUACUUUUCAAUGGAUGCAUCCAUCGAAAAUGUCGAGGAAGCUGGUGUACAAUUCAUAAAAGCCCAAGCGAACUCGUAUGGUGGUAUGAAGGUGCUUCAAAAGGUGUGCAUGCUCCUGAUUUAUGGUGGUCUUGAGCCGCAAACGGAAUUUCUGAGGUUUAUACUGUCAUCUGCACCUGCACUUGAAGAAAUCUAUAUUUUGAAUCACGCAUUUCCCGAUGAUCAGGUUAUGCAGAUGAUCCAUGAGAUGAAACAAUUUCCAUGUGCAUCACGCAAUGUUAAAUUCAAGUACGAAGAACUUGGUACAGACAUAGUGAUGGAAGUGCCAUGACUUUGCUUUUCAAUUGUGUUGGUUUUGUGGAUAUUACAGGUUGAAUUCAAGAGGUCCAUCAGUACUGGUAUAGUAAGUGUGUUAUCCUUUUUGGUUGUGGCAGCUUUGUAAAUGCAUCUUUUGUGCAGUAUGAUAUGCUCUGUGAAGGUCCUUGUCUCAAGUAUCCUCUGUGAAUUUUGUAAAAUGUAUUUAGUUGUUUAUAUUAAUGAUAUAGUCCAUGAAGCUAUUAGUCUGACUCUACUAAGAAGCUGCCAUGUUGGUGAAGCAGUAACUUCAGUGACAAUAUGUAAAAGAUUUUGGGAAUAUGAAACCAGUGCAACUCUUUUGCACUUCCAGGUACAAUGAAUUUCUUUUAUGCCUUGUA